GACCCCUUCUUCUCCUCCUUCCCGGCUGCUACUUCUCCCUUCCCUCUUCUUUUUCCUUCCUUCUUCUUUCCUGGUGCCGUCGGUGUCGCCGUCGCGUCGCGUACUCAUGUGUUCUCCGGCGGCCCCCUUGUCCUCUCGCUAGUAUUUUUGGCGCGGGGCCUUAAUUGCACCUGCCCACCGGCUGCAGCGCCAGUAAGCGAGGAUAGCGGCUGGACCAGCAUGCCAACCACAGAAAUCUACUUAUAAUUGAAGCACCAACCACCUUCCCCCUCUUCCUUCCCCUCCCCAGCUAGCUGCUUCUUCCCCCUUAUACUCCGCUCCCCUGCUUCGCCACGCCAGCGAUCUCGUCGGAGAAGAACAGCGUACAGCAACGACCACCUGCUAGCCAGAGCUAGCUACCUGCUUCUUUCUCAGAGUGAAAUUUUCCUGAAGAUUCCUGUGCUGCAUGUUGAAUCCCACAAGACUACCAUAACAAGUGAGGAUAUGAGUUGGUGUUGUAUUCCUAGAAUCAAGAAACAAGAGAAUCCUUACUCCAACAGCAUAGGCGGUAUUUAUUCUGAGAAGAACAUAAGGCUCUUCUCCUAUGCUGAGUUAAGAUCUGCCACAGACAACUUCAAUCGCACAAACAAAGUAGGUCGAGGUGGCUUUGGGACAGUUUAUAAGGGAACCAUUCGAAAUGGGCGAGAGGUUGCGGUAAAAGUUCUUUCUGCUGAAUCCAGGCAGGGCAUUAGAGAAUUCUUGACAGAAAUUGAUGUCAUUAGCAACGUGAAGCAUCCCAACCUUGUUGAAUUAAUUGGUUGUUGCGUUGAAGGAAAUAACCGAAUUUUGGUCUAUGAAUAUCUUAAGAACAGCAGUCUUGACCGUGCACUGUUGGGUUCUAACAGUGAGCCUGCUGACUUUACCUGGAGCAUAAGAUCUGCUAUAUGUCUUGGAGUUGCUCGAGGUCUUGCAUACCUGCACGAAGAGAUUGCAUCACCGAUUGUACAUAGAGACAUCAAGGCUAGCAAUAUACUUCUCGACAAAAAUUACAUCCCCAAGAUCGGGGACUUUGGUCUAGCCAAGCUAUUUCCUGAUAAUGUCACCCAUAUCAGCACCCGGGUAGCUGGAACAACAGGCUACCUGGCACCUGAAUACGCAUGGCAUGGCCAGUUAACGAAGAAAGCAGAUAUAUACAGCUUUGGGGUCCUUGUGCUGGAGAUAGUAAGCGGCACAAGUAGUUCCAGGAGCAUACUGGCAGAUGACAAGAUUCUUCUGGAGAAGACAUGGGAGAUGUACGAAGCCAAAAAGCUCAAGGAACUGAUCGACCCAACCCUCGGAGAUUACCCUGAAGAAGAAGUCAUCCGGUACAUCAAGGUGGCCCUCUUCUGCAUACAGGCAGCCGCGGCGCGGCGGCCAUCGAUGCUGCAGGUCGUGACCAUGCUGUCCAAGCCGAUCCGGAUCAACGAGAGGGAGCUGACGGCGCCAGGAUACAUCCACGAGUACAAGAGCAAUGAGUCCAAGGCGACUACGUCGAGCCACACAAAGUCCAAGCACUCGGCGUCAGAGGACUCCAACAUGUUCAGCACGGUUGUUCCACCAACAGUGACUGAGAUGAGCCCCAGGUGAAGGAACACCAGGCGCAUCAGCAAAAGCAGAUGUAAUCCUUGCGUUGUGAACUGGCGAUGUAGGGUGGGUGACCGACCUGACGGUAUAAUAGAGCGAGUGCAUGUGUGUUGGCGUGUGUUUUUUUCCAACUGCAAAUGCGGCAACUAGAUCUUGUACAUAUAGAUUAGUGAUUCAUGCCAGAGCAAUGCAAGAUUGCUGCUUAUUCCACAGCUUGAGAUAUCA